AUGAUGACGUGCAAAGCUAGUUUUCGCUGGGUGAAGAUUAUUGUGUCGAAAUGCAGCUCGUCGCGUGCCUGUCGCCUUCGCUCCGCCCGUCGCCUUCACUUCUCCCCUGUCGCCUUCACCCCCCCCCCCCCUCCCCCCCCCUCUUCCGUUGCCUUCAUUUCCCCCUCCCGUCGCCUUCACUUCCCCCUCUCGUCGCCUUUACUUCCCCCUCUCGUCGCCUUCAUUUCCUUCAUUUCCCCCUCCCGUCGCCUUCAUUUCCCCCUCCCGUCACCUUCACUUCCCUCUCUCGUCACCUUCACUUCCCCUCCCGUCGCCUUCAUUUCCCCCUCUCGUCGCCUUCAUUUCCCCCUCCCGUCGCCUUCAUUUCCCCCUCCCGUCGCCUUCACUCCCCCCUCCCGUCGCCAUCACUUCUCUCCCCCGAUGCCUUCGAUUCCCCCUCCCGUCGCCUUCCACGUCUGCCACAAUCGCUUCCCCCCCGUCACACUCGCUUCCCCACCCGUCACCUUCACUUCCCCUCCCAUUGCCUUUCACACUCUCCUGCUCACUCUCCUGCUCACUCUCUUCCCCGCUGCUCACUCGCUUCCCCCCUCCUCAAUCUCUUUCCCCCUGCUCACUCUCUUCCCCCCUGCUCACUCGCUUCCCCCCUCCUCAAUCUCUUUCCCCCUGCUCACUCUCUUCCCCCCUGCUCACUCGCUUCCCCCCUCCUCAUUCUCUUUCCCUCUGCUCACUCCCCUUGUUCUAACCCCACUUUCCCCAUUUCUCACCCAUUUUCCCCCUUCACGCUCUCCUACCCCCUCUGCUCGCCCCUGUUUUCCCUACUCACUCCUAUACUCACUCUCUCCCCCCCUGCUCACUCUCUUCCCCCCCUGCUCACUCUCUUUCCCCUUGCUCACUCUCUUUCCCCCUUCACGCUCUCUUUCCCUCCCUUCCGCCUGUUUCCCCCCUUCGUCACGCGCUCGUCCCCUCGCAAUCCCUGUCUCUCUCUCCCCCCGUCGCCCUCCCUUCCACUCCUCGUUGCCCUCGCCAUCCCUCCCUUCUCCCUUCCCAUCUCGCACACUUGUCACGCCCCCUUUCCAACCCGCACAUACACCCUUCCCUUCUUCCCUGUUUCCAUGUAUCCCCUGCGCUGCUUCCCCCCAUCCUCCAACUUGCUCCCCCCAUCCCCUUCCCUGCUUCCCCUCGUCCCCUCCCUUGCCUCUGCCCAUCCCCUUCCCUGCUUCCCCCCAACCCCUUCCCUGCUCCCCCCCAUCCCCUUCCCUGCUUUCCCCCUUCCCCUUCCCUGCUUCCCCCCGUCCCCUUCCCUCCUUCCCUCGUCCCCCUCCCAGCAUCCCCCCAUCCGCUUCCCUGCUCCCCCCCAUCCCCUUCCCUGCUCCCCCCCAUCCCCUUCCAUGCUUCCCCCCAUCUCCUUCCCUGCUUCCCCCUAUCGCCUUCCCUGCUCACCCUUUCUCCCUCUGUUUCUCCCUUGCUCCCUCCCCUUCUUCUCUGCUCACUCUCUUCCCCCUUGCUCAUUCUUUUUACUUCUGCUCACUCUGUUCCCCCUUGCUUCCUCUCUUCCCCUCUGUUCAAUCUGUCCCCCGCUGCUUCUUCUCUUCCCCUCUGCUCAUUCCGUUUACUGUCUUUCCCCCUUCACUCACCCCCAUACCCCCCAAUGCAGUUACAGGUGCCCAGCACCAGAUGUGGCUUUACGGCCUGAAAGGGGUGGGGCGGAAUGGGGUGGGGCAGAAAGGGGUGGGGUGGAAUGGAGUGGGGCAGAAAGGGGUGGGGCGGAAUGGGAUGGGGCGGAAUGGGGUGAGGCGGAUUGGGGAGAUGAGGGAUGGGGAGAUGAGGGAUGAGGAGAUGAGGGAUGGGGAGGUGUGUGAUGGGGAGGAGAGGGCUAGGGAGGAGAGGGCUGGGGAGGAGAGGGAUGGGGAGGUGAGGGAUGAGGAGAUGAGGGAUGGGGAGAUGAGGGAUGGGGAGAUGAGGAAUGGGGAGAUGAGGGAAGGGGAGAUGAGGAAUGGGGAGAUGAGGGAAGGGGAAAUGAACGUGUAUGCGACGGAAGGGUGCUGCUGA